AUGAACACAAACUUCAUCAAGAAAUUGUUUACAUCACCAAAAAAAAAUUUAUCUCAUAACAACGAUGCAAACAAUCUAUCACAUAGUACUUACAGUGAUGGCAUAGCGAUUUCUACAAUUCUUGGAGGUCUUAAACUUUAUGAUGACGAUGUUCACUCUAAUACAGCAUCAAGAAAAUACAAAUCAACUUCUUCACUGUAUGAUGUUGUUAUUCGUAUUAAUAAUUUAUCAGAUUUAAGUUCCCAAGGAUGGGAAAUUUUAGUUGGAGAACAUACAAAAAAAAUUAUACGAAACAAAAUGAUACCGAAAAAUAACGCAUCAGAAAAAACACCAGAUGAAUUGGGGGAAGGUGUGAUAGUUACUGUUCUUGGAGCAUAUAAUCGUGGUAAAUCAUUUUUACUCAAAAAUCUUUGUAAUAUUGAACUGCCUGAUGGAAAUCUAGUCCAUACAGAAGGUUUAUCUAUUACAGCAGGAAGAGAAAAUUAUACGAACAUUGUUUUUCUUGAUACUGCCGGCACAGAUACACCAGUCAACAAUGAUGAAAUUGAAUAUAAAAGGGCAACUGAAGCCCUUCUACGAGAGGUAGUCCUUCAUUUAUCUACUUUUCUCAUCAUUGUCGUUAAUCGCUUACGUGCUACAGAUCAAACCUAUAUUAGACAAAUAUUGAAAUAUUGUCGAGAUAGUCAAAGUACUCUAAAUAAAAAAAACAUCAUUAUUGUUCAUAAUUUACUUGACAUUGAAACAAUUGAAGAUAUUAAUAAAAUCAUUCAGCAUGAAAUCGAAGAAAUUUUUAACGCGGUUGCACAGGAAAUACAAUUGACAAUGAAUGGUACCAGUAGGCCUAUUAAAUAUUUUACUUCAAAACAGCAGAACGGAAUUGAGGUGCGUCAUUAUGUUUUGGCAAGAAAACAUUCUAACGCAGCCGAAAUAUGGAAUAGGCAGUCUCUUGAUGGCAUUAUGAAUCUUUUACAAAAUUCAGACAGCAAGCGUAGUCUUGAUAUUAUCAGAGACAUAAUUAGUUUUAUCAAUAAUAAACUUCCAAAGUUGUUUAAGAUUAAUAAUUAUGCUGGAGAUAAUGCUACUAAACCAGUUCUACAAAUUGUACAACAUGACAAUCAACCAUAUAUUGUGCUUACUGAUCGAAGACAUCGCCAAAAUCUGCUGGAAGAACCAUGUCUAUUAGAGUUAUCGGAGAAAAUUGUUUAUGAUGAUGCUGGAUAUUUUAUUAGGAAUGAAAGUGGACAAUGGCAACCUCGUUACAAUUUAUACGAAGAUGAUACAAAAUAUUACUUAAUUAUUGAAUUAACUGGAUUUAAACAAGAUGAAUUAAAAGCAAACGUAUUGGAGAAGUCUAUUGUUAUUGACGGUAAUCGCUCUGAUUUGAAUCAAUUAAUGGCACAUCCUAUUGUUCGUCAAUCAGAUAUUCUAAUUGGUUCUUUUAAAUUAACUAUUCCAUUCGAGUGUGAAAUUGAUAUUAACGAAAUAAAGUCGGAACGUGAUGAUGGUUUUAUUAGGCUUAUCGUUCCUAAAAAGAAACAAAUACAGAAACCUAUAAAAUUAUAA